CUAUCAAAAUCAUAAUAAAAACCCUAUGACUGCCCCUUAUUUGCUUGUGGUCUCUUUCAGCUAUCUGUUCUCCGCCUUUUUUUCUCUACACCCUAUUUUUUAGAAUCCCAAUUGCGCUGAUCAUGUCUUCGACAGAUUCCUAUUCCUCUCCACCGUCGGUUGUGGAAGAUCAACCACCAUAUGAGGAGAAACAGAAAUUAGAAAGUGAAAAUAAUAAAGAUGGAGAGGGAAAGGCUUUUGAUUUUAAUGAUGAGACGUCGUGGAGGUUGUUUGGUGAUUACGGUGACAACGAUGAUGACGAUCCAGUGGAUGAGGAUGGCUCCGCAAUGAACGUGAGAUUACUGAUGAAGAGAUUCGGCGAUAUAAGGUUGCUUUCGAAGCCAGCGAUGGUUUUGAUGUUCCAUCCUUCCCUGGCGUUUCUUGUUGCUGUAUAGUUACACCCAUUACCUUGAGUGCUUAUUCUCGCGAAAACCUUAAGCCGUUUUGUGUUGCUGCCAUGGAUCACUAUAAUUAUAAAAUGGUUAGCUUGAUUAGGAUGUUUAUAUCUUUAUUUUUCACCAUCAUCAAUUGCCUAUAACAAAAACAAAAUAAAAAUAUUACCGUUUUCUUUCAGAAAACAGAGUAUCAGUUUCUGAGGUUGGAAAAAGCAAAUGUGCAGGGUGCCCGGGGUCUUCUUUACUAUUUAACUUUUGUGGGAAGGAAUCCUGAAACUAACACUACUCAGGUCUUUGAAGCUCGCGUUUUAAGGGGGAUUCCUAAAAACAUAGGAGAUGAUCCAACGGAGGUCUACUUUUGUAGGGAAAAGGCUCCUCCUGCCACAACAGAUGUUUGAAGAUUUUAUGUGGGCAAUUCAGUUGGUGGGUAAGAAGAUCAGCAUAGGAAGUUGAGCAUGACUUGAAUCGAAGUAUUAUUGUUUGUUAAUGGUUCUUAGUUUAUAAUUUGAACCUCUUUCUAGAAUAUUUGUGUUAAGUAAUCUAAACUCAUCUAGAACUUUUGAUUAUUGACUAUAACAGUAGUGCUGCUUCUAUGUUUAAUAAUUAAGUUAUUAUCCUAAAUCCUAAUUUCUUGUACUCAGCUUUAGGUAAAGAGUGUAAAUUCUAUUUUGCUGUCUUGUCUCAAUG